GCGCUGCAGCACGCGGCGGCGGCCGCCGUCGCGGCGGCCAGCGCGCAGCAGCAGGCCGCGCCGUUCGUGCACGUCACGUGCGGCGGCGUGGCCGGCGUCAUGGUGCCAUCAAAGCAGCGGAUCCUGAUUGACGCGGGCGGCGGGCGCUUCGGCGACGUCGGCUGCACCGAAUUUGAGCGCCUCGGCGGCAAGGCCGCCCACAAGCGCUGGCGCAGCAGCAUACGCCUCGCGAACGAGUGCGGGCCGACCUGGGGUGAGCCGCCCGCGCGCCGGUCGCGGCUGCGGGCGCGCGCCGCCGCACACUCGCGCGCGCGCGCCAUGUGA